CAGGGACACACUCUGCAUAUUGUGCUGCCCGGGCAAGGAGGUGACAGCCAGUCAGGCUGAGACAAAGGAACUGCCAGACCUCUGACAGCAGGAGAGAUGACGUCUGUCUGGUGGUUGCUGCUCCUCAGUACCACAUUAUCUCAAAUGGUGCACACACAAGAGCAGCCUUUACUGGAGGAGGACUCAGCACCAGCAGAUAAUCUGGAUGUUCUUGAGAAAGCCAAAGGUAUCCUGAUCCGCAGUAUCCUGGAGGGAUUUCAAGAAGGGCAACAAAACAAGAGAGCUUUUCCCGAUGAAAUGGAAAUGAUAUCCAAGCGCCAGCACCCAGGUAAACGAUUCCAGGAGGAGCUAGAAAAGAGACAACACCCUGGAAAGAGGGAUCUGGGAGAUCUGAAUCUAGAGCUUUCCAAAAGGCAACACCCAGGAAGAAGAUUUCUGGAAGAAAUAGAGAAGAGGCAACAUCCAGGAAAGAGAGAAGAGGGAGAGUGGAGCAGGGGGUAUCGUUCAGAUGACUCAAGUUAUUUGGACCUCCUUUCUGAUGUUUCUAAGAGACAGCACCCAGGCAAAAGAAUUCCAGACCCACUUUUUACAAAGCGACAGCACCCAGGUAAGAGAGAGGCGGAAGAAGAAGAUGACACUGAAUUUGAAAUCUCAAAGGAGGUGGCGAAGCGCCAGCAUCCAGGAAAGAGAUUUGACCCUUGUGAAGGCCCUAAUGCCUACAACUGUAACUCAGGAAACUUUCUACCGAAUUCUCUAGAAGAAGGCUGGGCAACUUAAAACCCGAUGCUGCCCAGACCCUUUUUGGCAGUUCCAUCUGGCCCUACAUGAUUCCCAAUGAACACAACUUUCUAUAAUUGUUGAUAACAUAGUAUUAUCUACCAUAAAUGACAGAGGGUACGAUCAUUUCACUAGCCAAAUUCUCUUUCUCUACAAAGCAAGCAGCUCUCAUAACAUAUCUUAGCUUUAACAGGAACCUGGGCAUCAGGGCAGUAUGCUUCAGAAAGUACCCUGCCCACUACGGGGAGGGAUCCAACAAUCAGUACUGUGCCCCCUGAGUAUUCCUUCCCUUGCUUGGAUGUGAGAUCAGAUAAUAAAAUAUAGCUAAAUACAAGAUGGCCACGGAUGUGAAUGUGCAUUUAUACAUUUGUGUUCAUUUGCGCAUUCAGUAGUUUUACUGUGAGUGGAUCAUCCACUUUCCCCUGCCUGCAUUUUGUACGCUGUAGCUCCAUUGAAAGGCACCGUGUUGGGCAGUGUGGAGAUACAAUGAGUGGAUAUCGGCACACAAAUGCAUACUUUGCAUACUUUUACGUUUUGACAUGCAUAUCUGCUUCGGCCGACACCAUAUCUGUCAAUGGAAUUACAGUAAGGGGGCAUGAUAGUGGAUUUCCUCCUUAAAAACACAGAGGAAAGUGGAUGUCCCAACCCAUGUGCCCCUAGCCAUUUUCUCAGUGUUUAUUGCAUAGUUGCUUCCAUGGUUUGAUGGAUAAUGCAUUUUCUGAGCUGCUUAUUGCAUUUCAUUUGGUGCCUACAUGUUAGUUCAUGAUGUACUAGUAGAUCCUGGGCUGGUGAUCAGCAGACUAUUGCCUGUAAGCAACAUUUCAUUGUCCUUGGAGCUUGACACACAGUGAAGGUGGUAGAUCUUGAUGAGGCAUCUUAAAUAAAAGUAAAAUCCUUGGUAUUAUUUGUGCCCCUCCGGCACCUUUACAAGCAAUAAGUGUUGUGAGGGCCACUUGUUUCUCAAGUAAUAUUUCCAUUCUAAUAAAUAUGUGUCUACCCCAAUGGCAAAACACACUGACUAAAUCCCUACUUGUUCCAACACCUGAUGAAGUCCAAACAAAUAUGUGUGUGUGACUCUUGAUAGAAGACUCUUGAUAUCCUCCCUGUGGGAUUGACCCAAAAUCACCAAAAUAUAUCUAUGGGGAAGCACCCACAGAUUGCUAUUGUGCGAAACCCUUACAAGCCCUUAUAAAGUAUAGUAUACAUACAUUAGUUUUAGCACUUUGUGUGGAGAUCAAUAGGCAUCUUUAGGUAAAGUUAUUUUUGGACACAGUUUUAGCACUUUAUAUAUGGGUUGUACGGAUACUGCACAAUUAGUUUGUGCCCCAAUGGGUUGGUUACUGAAUCAUUCACCCCCUACACUUAUUAACAAUUAUUCUCCAUUCAGUUCUAGAUAAUAAUAAUAUGAUAUAGCACAAGCUAAAUCUGUUUACAUUUAUUUUUGACUUUGCUUCGUCUUUAAUAUUUCUAGUCAUUUAAGCCAACUAACAGAUUCAUUAUGGAUCCCACACAUUGGCUGUUUGGUCAGAAUGGAGAUAUGUUGCAGUUUACUUUUUUAGAGGGAGAAGAGCAUCUACAAAAAGUUAAUUGCAGGGUCAGUAGGGAUUGUAUACAAACAAGAACACCAAGGCUAAUGAAUAAAGCAAGGUUGGGCGCAUUACUUUACAGCUGCCACUUUAAAUGAUUUUAUCCUAAAGAUUAAGAAAACAAAAGGCCUUUAUAUAAGUUAUUGCCCCUGGGGUGGCAUAUCCCCUCCAGAACCACUGCAGCCCCCAAAACUGCUCCAUUUGCUGUACCAGUACAGUAAAAGCAGAGCAGCACAGAAGGGUUGGUAGGGGACAUCUCACCCACCUGGAUUGUGCAGUUGACGACAGCGACAGGUCCUGGAAUGAGACUGUUCCAGGUAGAGAACACCAAGCAGGGUGAGAGAGUGCCUGCCAACCUCACUGAGUGACUUUUUCUGAACAGGGAAGGCUAAGGGGCCAGUAUUGGGGGCUGCAAUGGUGCAGUUUGGUAAGGGGCUUUCCAUGGGGAAUAACAUAUUAAAGCCUUUUGUACUAUUAACCAUAUCUGUGUUUGAUUUCUGCACUCAGACCGGUGGGUCUAAGGUUAUAAUUGGUGGCUAGCUGCUAGACCUGUUGGCUUCACACUGUCUGGGUAUAAAACUGUCAGGACAAAAAAACUUAUAGGGGGUCUUUGUGGGGCAGAAUUGUACCUGCCCUUCUGCAUUGAAAGUUCAGAACCAGGUAAUAGAAAUGUGGGGGAGGGGGGACAAGGACCCCCUGGUAAUACAGUUUUUGACGUCUAUGGUUACUGAGUGACAUGGCUAAGCAACAUAUUUUGAUUCACAGGAAAGAUGAGAGUUGUAGUUCACACAUAGCAGAGUGGUUGCUUUAUACAAGGCAUGUCUGGUCUCUUGCUUUUGUUGAACUACUACUCACUCCACACGCAUAGCUGGAGGGACACAGACUAAAUCAGAAUCUGCUGAACAUCUGCAGGGUGGUCACUGCUUUGCUGCAAAAGGUGCCACAGAGGUUUGAAACAUUUUCCAGGCUUGAGUUCUGAUGUCUGGUCUGAUUUAUGAAGCAGGCAUCAAACAGCCUUUGUCUCUCCAGCUAUUGUGUAACUACAACUCCCAGAAGCCCCAGUGAGCUGAGGGUGGCAUGCUUGAACACUGAAGGUGGUCUGUCCUUACUCUAUAGUAUUCCUCUAGCUUGGACUCCAGGCACAUCCCGCUGCCCACCCACUCCGGCUGUUACUGUCAUUCCUUUGUAUAUUUUGUUCUUUAAUGUAUAAAGAAAUAAAAGCAAAGUAUGAUAUAAUCACCCUCCUUCUUCUGAGAAUAAAAAGAUUUAAAUGAA